AUUUGUUUCAUACUGUGUUGACUAAUUAUGUUGUUAUUGUGGAACUCUAUUUAAUUUACUUUAGUUUUUCAGUAAAGUUUGUUAAUAAGUAGCGAAAUCUUAAGGUUGUAUUUUGACAUUUCUGUACAAUGGCUGCAACCAGGCGACUUCAAAAGGAACUAAAUGAUAUCAGACAAUCCGGAUUGAAGUCCUUCAGAGAUAUCCAGGUGGAUGAAUCAAAUAUCCUCACUUGGCAAGGAUUAAUUGUUCCUGACAAUCCACCAUACAACAAAGGCGCAUUCCGCAUUGAGAUUAAUUUCCCAGCGGAGUAUCCUUUCAAGCCCCCUAAGAUAAGCUUCAAGACAAAAAUUUACCAUCCAAAUAUCGAUGAAAAGGGACAAGUGUGUCUGCCUAUUAUCAGUGCUGAGAACUGGAAGCCUGCCACCAAGACUGAUCAAGUAAUCCAAGCUCUAGUGGCUCUCGUAAAUGAUCCAGAGCCGGAACACCCGCUGCGGGCGGAACUCGCCGAGGAAUUCCUGAAGGACAGGAAAAAGUUCCUGAAGAAUGCAGAAGAGUUCACCAAAAAGCACAGUGAAAAGCGGCCUUCUGACUAAAUUAAUUUUAGUAUCGUCCAGCGGAGUUUACA